UCUUAGUUUACAUAAUGACAGGAGGUCCGCAUUGUGACAGGACAAAACACACCAGGCCGGCCGAUGGGGACCGAUAAAGCAAUUAUCCGAGCCUUGGCUCAUGUUGUAGUGCUCGUAUCCAAGGCCAAAAUCAAUCACAAUAUAUAACACGUUUAUCACAAUAAUUAGACUUCAUUUGCUUGUCAAUUCAGGAAGUUAUAAACGGUCCUUGAUUGUUAACAUUGCUCUGAAUUCCAGGCGUUAAAAAGGAAGUUCAUCAAAAGACAGGACUUUUCGAGCUCGAGCAUCGUGCUACAUGGAUCGCCGGCGUAAACAUAGCUUGCAGGAGCAAUUAUAUGCUCGGGAGAGAGUCUUAGCGGAUAUCAAAGAGAAAGAAGAGGCCAGAGGAGCGGAGGCUUCAAUUCCCGAGGAAUCUCAGGACUUGGAAAUCCAAGAUAGUGACUGCAAACGCGACGAAGAGCUGCCAUUCUUGCACCGAGUGGUAGCUGACGGGAAUUUGGAGCUCUUGACGCAACUUGUAGAAAAUGGCACAGACAUUAACGUGCGCGACCGCGAGGGAUGGCCCCCUCUGCACACGGCUAUUAAGACAGGGAAGUCGGAAUGUGCAACUUUCUUACUAAAACACGGCGCUGGAGAUAUUUACUUUGAACUACAGAAAGCCCAGUAUAUGAAACGAUUACAGACAAGUAAGAAGACCCGGCGGAAAUCACACUGGAUGUAAAAAUUGCGGGUAUUUUUUAUUUUAGUACACGCGCUCUUCAAGGUCUAGUACAGUAAUAAUUGUUGUGGUACUGUACGAAGAUUGUAUUAGGAACGUGAGUUUUUGAAGACAGGAGGUCAAGGGGUUUAUCUUGCAUCAGCUAUAAAAACAAUCGGUACUUCAAGAGUCUGGUAUUAUAAGAUCCUAAUGAAAGCCGUGACACAAAUACAGAGUUUGAUUACUGAUAAUGAUUCAAGAUAGAGCUAACAGGAAGAGAGUGGGACACUUUGGUGGUUGAUAACAAUGAGCCGUGCGUUGAGCCACUUCAAACCUGCCAAACCACCACAAUACCCCCAUUGUGUUGUUUUCCAACAAGCAUACCCCAUGCCUUGAUUCGGCCAGGCGUUAAUAACUCAAGCACUUUGAAGAAUGCGAGAAAUAUAAUGUGUGAGAACAUCAUAAAACUACCAUUAUCAAAGUAUAUCGUCGUGAACAGAAUUACAUUUCCUACAGAAUGACUAAUUGUUUUGUUUUUGAAUAAAAUUUUGUUUUCGAGGUAUCGCAGGACAAAAAGAAGUAUCUCGAGUGCAUAGUUAUUGUAAUAACCCAAGGUAUUUAUUUAUGAACAUCUCGUGAGAUGUGAAAGUUUACCUUGUCAAAGGGUGUUUAUUCGUGUGUUUUUCAAGUUACUUAUAUGUAAAAUUUUAACAUUCAGGCGUUUAAAGCUUGUUUCAGUAUUCGAGUGACGGUCAGGCACAUCAUCUGCUUGAAGUUUUCUGCUGGUUUAGCGGGCGAUGUUUUUUGGUAGCUAGAGUAACAAAACAGGAUAGGAUUGGAAACAAGAAGCUAAAUUCAGCACGAGUUGCAUGUUGCUUUCCCUGCUAGCAGAGGCCUCUUUUCUCUGUAUUUCGCUGGAUAUAGCUUUUCCUCGCGAACUCCAGCCCAGCGAAAUACAGAGAAAAGAGGCCUCUGCUAGCAGGGAACAGGUUGCUAAGGAUGAAGCUUACACAGAUGACUGAGUUGUUUAAUCCAUAUAUGUUUUGAUUAAAGACAAAGCCCUCAGGACAA